GGCCGUGAGGGGCGGCGGGUUCCUCAUAGCCCGGGCUCUUCACACCCCGGGGCCGUGAGGGGCGGUGGGUUCCUCACGCCCCGGGUUCCUCACGCCCCAGGGCCGCCCGGAGCUCUGUGCCUGCGCUGGGAGCCUCCCUCGGUAGCCCCGGAGCGGCGGGGUCCGGCCCGGCCGCACACCCGUGCUCAGCCGGGGUUUAUCGGAAGGCACUUUGAAGGCUGGGGACAGCUGUGAUGCACAUCUGUUUGACAAAGAAGGCAUCAGCUUUUCCUGGGCACUUUACAAAACAAACUGGAUUGAAAAAGGAAAAAAAUGAAAGGCAAAGCACGUGCAGAUGAUUUUCAAGUCCAGGAUUUUGCCAAGAAGAAGAAAAGGAAGAAGAGGAAACACAACGAGUCCAAGCACAAACAUGAAAAUGCUGAAAGUGUGGAAGAUCCAGAGCUCAGCCACGCUUCCCUGGUGCUCUUUGAAGAUGCAUCACCACAGGACAGGGAGGGCAAGAAAAAGAAGAAAAAACUGAAAAAGAAGGGUGAAAAGCAGCAGACUUUGAUAAAUAACUUCCUUGUGAGGGUGGAACGUGAAGUCAGCAAUGGGACUGGAGUGGCUGCCUCCCCGAGGAAGAAGAGGAAGAUUCAGGACAGCAGUGACAGGCUCAGCAAUGUCACCUGUGCCCCUGUGAAGCAGCACAGCAGCCAGGAGGGGGCUGCUGCUGAUGUUGGCUUUAAAAAAAUCAAGAAGAAAAAGAAAGCAAAGCAGCCUGAAGGGGAUGAGGUGUGUGAGCCGCCUCCCUCUGAGGAACACAGCAAAGGCCACAAGGAGAAACUCAAAAAGAAGAAGAGGAGGAGAGAGGGCAGUGCCCAGGACGUGCAGGAGGACACAGAUGGAGCAACUGAGCAGCCACUGCUGUCACCCUCAGGGCAGGGCAGGGGACACAGGGGGUGGCCCUCACCUGCAGGUGAGGAUGGAGCCUGUGAUGCUGCCUCUGUCACCAGUGAGGAGCUCCCUGCUCAUUUUUCUACACCAAAUAAAUCAGCUGGUCGAGCUAAAAAGACUCCAGCACAUGCUAAAAAGGCAAUUAAAAGCAGCACUUUGGUCAUGGAAGAAAGCUCUUCAGAGUCUGAUGUGAUGACACCAAAAGCCUUGGCAUCGCCUAAAAAGAAGAAGCAGAAGCAGCAGAACAAUUCCUUUACUGAACUGGCAGCCCCUGAUGAGGUCAGUGAGGAUGGUGAAGAAAUCCUGGACCUUGCCAUGACUUCAUUCAUAGAUUUGGAUACUGCAAGACAAGAACUGGAAGAGUUCAUUCCUCAUGUGAAGAAUAUAUCAGACAGUUCAAUCAAGAAAAUGGCUGGGAGAGACCUGAUGAGGUUUAAGGAGUUUAAAAAACAAGGUAUGGCUGUCAAGUUUGGCAGAUUUACCCAGAAGGAAAAUAAACAAAUCCAGAAAAAUGUUGAAGAGUUCUUGUCACUUACUGGAAUAGACAGUGCUGAAAAACUUUUGUUUACCUCAAGGUAUCCAGAAGAGAAAGACACCAUCCAUCGCCUGAAAACAGAACAUCAUUUUUGUGAGAAAAUCUCUGAGGGCAUCCCCCGGCCCUGGAGGCUGAUAUAUUAUCGGGCAAGGAAGAUGUUUGACCCAAAUAAUUAUAAAGGAAGGUAUACUACAGAAGAAAAAGAACAAUUAAAGAAGUAUCAAGCCCUGCAUGGCAAUGAUUGGAAGAAGAUUUCUGAGUUGAUGUCCCGUUCUAACCUCUCAGUUGCUAUGAAAUACUCUGAAAUCAAGUCAGCUAUUAACUAUGGUCCUUGGACAAAGGAAGAGACCCAGAAGUUAAUGAAUGCAGUGAAGGAGGUGAUGAGGAGAAAACUGAAAGCAAAGAAGCCAGGUUCCCUUUUCUCCCUGGAGCAGUCAAACGCGGAUCUGUGGAUCGACCGUGAGCAGCUGACCCAGCCUCUGCCGUGGACUGAGAUUGAAACCAAAGUGGGCAGUCGCUACUGGAGACAAUGCAAACAGAAAUGGAAUUCGAUUUUAACAAACAAAUUGACCAGAGGGCAGGAGUUGUACAAAGGGAUCAACGGAUUAAAGGCCAAGAUCAAUCUUAUUAAAAGGUUGAAUGAAACAAAAGCAGAGGAUGCCAGUGAACUAAACUGGGAUGAACUCAGUAAUGCCAUCGGAGGUGUUCCUAGAGGCUAUGUUCAAUCAAAGUUUCAUAAGCUAAAAGUGUCCUCUGUCCCUUUAUGGAAAAGAAAGACUUUUUCUGAAAUUAUUGAUUAUCUGUAUGAAAAGACGCUCCCAGAACUUGAAGAAAAGUUAAAAAAAGAAGAGAGGAAAGAGCCUGGUUUUUGCAAUUCAGCAGCCAGGCAGCAGCCGCAGCGAGCAUUCCGACUCAGUGAUAUUUUUGACUCAGAUGCAGAGAGUGAUUAAUUAUCCUAAAACCAAUGCCUAAUUUGCAUAUUUAACUGCAACUGGGUCUGGUUGAAAGUGGGUACAGUUCACCACCUGCAAACACCUAAGCUGUUGAUAAUGGGAAAAGUCAGGAUAGGCACCUCUGAUUGUCUUGCUUCAUCUUGAAGAUUGAGUUAACAGAGCUUUUGUGCCACCUUUUAUUUAAUUUAGCUCUGGUUUUAGAAGUUUUCAUGUAAGCAUCCAAGUUGCUUUCUAAAUGUCUCCAUCUGUGGAGUUGAAAGCUGCUGUUUUCCCUUUAUGAAUGAACUUGGCUUUCAGAAUUGUAUUUUUUUUUUUAAUUUAUGGGAUUGGAAAAAGGCUUUCAGUUUGUUUUUAAAUCUCUGUAAUAAUCAAGUUUUAAGGACGUGUUGAUGAAAGCAGCACAACUUUUAAGGUUUUAUUUUUUAAACAGGUAACUUAUUCUUAAAAGCAAUGGAUUUUAUUUUUGAUGCAGACUUACACUUUUUUCAACCCUUCUAGAGAAAAAGGACUUUUGGUCAUUACUAUUCAUUAUUUCAUGCUAACCAAAACAAAUAAUUUAAAAUGUUGUAAUUAAUAUUUGGAAUACAAGCAGUGUAUAUAUAUACAUAUGCAUACAUAUAUAUAUUUUUAUUUUGCCAAGGAGAAUUUCUACGUUUUAAUAAGAAAAUUAAGUAAUAAGAUGGAGGUUGCACUCAUGUUUUGUAUGAUAUUUUAUAUCUCUGCCUGAAGUGAUUAUUUGUAAAUGGAUUGAGUGUAAAAAACCCCAAAACUAUGUUACUGUGUAAAGUUUUUGUAUGGCUUGUUUAUAUUUCUCAUAUGCUGUACUGGACAGUGAUGCAAGAAGACUCAGUCCCUGCUUUUUGAGGGACAUUUUGAUAAGUGACAAUUUCCCUCUUGAAUUCUAAUAAUCAUCAUCGAAAAUCCAGAACAUUCAGUG